AUGGCCGAACCCAACCCCCCACACUCCCUCUACACAAUCCCCGAUUUCCAGUUCGCAGGUGGUGUCCGCAAGAAGAUCAACAUCGCCUACCGCUCCAUAAAUCCCACCUCAACCAAGGGAACCGUGCUCAUCCUCACCUGCUACGGCGGCCACAUCAACACGACCCUCACCUUUACCACAGGGGCUUUAAAAGACUACCACGUCGUCGUCGUGGCGAUGAUAGGAAACGGCGAGAGCUCGAGUCCCUCGAACGAUCCUGAUUUCCCCAAGGAUUAUUCUCUGAGAUAUGAGGAUUGUAUCAACGCGCAAUAUGCGCUUUUGACGCGGCAUCUUGGCGUGGAACGUCUCGAGACGGUCGUGGGGUUCUCGAUGGGUGGGCAGCAGGCGUACUACUGGGCCGUGAUGCAUGGUGUUGGUGCAACGCCCUUCGUCAAGCGCGCUGUGGUCAUCUGUUCCAGCGCGAAGACGUCCGGGCAUAAUUAUGCGUUCCUGGAGGGGCCUGUUUCGGCUUUGAGGGCGAGUGGAGAUUAUUACGGGGGACGGUAUCGAGAGAAUGGAGUGAAGCCUCUCGGGGGACUUCGGGCUUUCGGACGGGCGUAUGCGGCGUGGUUGACGAGCGCGGAGUGGUUUCGCCUUGAACUCUGGAGGGUGCUGGGGGCGGGGAGUCUGCAUGAGUGGUUGGAGAUGGAGGUGAGGUCGAGUGAGGAGUGGGAUGCGGAGGAUUUGAUUGUGUUGGCGAGGAUGUGGCAGAAGGGGGAUGUUGGUGCUGUAGGUGGCGGUGGGGAUUGGAAGGCUGCGUUGGGGAAGGUGGAGGCGAAGGUUCUUGUUAUGCCUUGUGUUAGUGAUCAGUAUUUUUUGGCGGCGGAGGGGGAGAGGGAGGUGGAGUGUCUAAAGAAUGGGAGGUAUGAGCCGAUUGCGUCCGUUUGGGGACAUAUGGCUGGUGGUGGGGCUUGUGAGGAGGAUACGAGGUUUAUGGAUGAAAGGAUUGGGAGGUUUCUGAGUGAGGAAUAG